AUAAAUUAAAGGUGGUAUGAUUAUGCUACUAAACCAAUCUUCCCAAAUACAAAAAUUAAGUCUGACUUUCCUUCACCGUGUGCUGCCCCCACCAUUGUAACUCCACGGACAUGAUUGUGUGUCAAGACCAACACUGAGUAUCUGCAUUUCUCCCAAUUCCGGUGGUCUGUAAACUCAUAGGAUGGGUCUUAGCCAUUUGAUGUCCCUAGUAACCUGUAGUGUCAGAUGCUCAAUAUGCCUUGAAUAAACAUUGAGUGAAUAAAUGUAAGGUGGGAAGCAUGGAGGAGGUAAGUCUGAAGGAAAAGGUGAAAAGGGAAGAGUGGGCUAGAUUUCUAGAAAAAUUUACAUGUUCUUGGAAAUCAGGAGGAACAAUUAGAGGCACUGGAUUAACUGGAGUGCACCUCCUUAAGUCUGUUGGCUCAAAUGUCAACUCCCAGAAUUCACUUGGAGUAGAGUGAGCUUCAGGGAUGCUUAAUUCAGCAAGGCUGAAUUCAGCUUUGGAGGUCUUUCCUUAGUGGCGGGGAAGGAGUGCCCUGCUGAGCCACAGGGAGCAGUGAUAUAUUAGAAAUACCUAGAUUUGGGAACCUUUCAAAAGAUGCAUGUCCUUGUCUCGUGCCCAAACAAAGCUGAUAGAGCCAAAAUUCAAUGAAACAGUUCUUCCUAGUCCCUGGAAAAAAGCAAAACAUCUAUCCAUCUAUCAAAAAUCUGCUAGGUCCCUGCUGUGUGCUGUGCUAGGUGCUGGAGUGCUGUAAAAGGAAACACACUUGAGGCCGAUCGCAAGACUUCUCUUCCACUUGGAGGAAGCUCACAGGGGAGCCAGCACUGAUGCAGGUCCAGGCCUGGGGAAAGCAUAUGCCCCUGAGACCCAUCAAGCCUGUCCCUGCCAUCUCUCUCCACCGUUCUAGCUUCACCCUAGCUUGUGGGUACCAUGGGUACCUACUUCCAGGAACCCAGGGAACUCCUUUUGACCUUGCUGGGAAACUACAAAUCACCAAACAGGAGCUUAGCUGUGCAGCCAACAUUUGGAGUUGGAGCUACCCGAUAGCUUUCUGGAGUCAACAAAUAAGGAAAUCAUUUCUUUAGGAUCAAAAAAAAAGAGUUAUUUUGUUUUAGUAAAGGGUAAUGGCACUCCAUUGCGAAUGGAAACUGUUCUCCCCUUGGUUUGAGCGGAGCCCAUUUGUCAGCACUGCUUGAGGCCUGCGAAGUGACGAUGUAGGUAUUUUUCUCGAAUAAAGAAUGAUCUGAGGACAUCUUCCCCACUGGGUCCCUCUUACUCAUGUGACUUCCAAGUUUUCAGGUGGUAAAGUUGGAGGCAGAGAGAGCAUGCCCCUGAAUUGGACAGCAGAGUGUCCUUCAACUGAUAGAAGAUCACUUCAGGGCAGGUGGAGCAGCCACAGAAGAAAAUGGUAAUUACCCAACUGCUCCUGUGCCUCAUUUUGAAUCUGUCCUGCUCUUCAGCUCUUUCUGCACAUAAAGGAAGAGGCUCCUUGUCAUUUGAAAAGAUUGCACCAAAGUGGCAGUGUUGACAGAGCCUUCCCUGUCAGAGCCACUUUCUCAAUACAUUUAAUUAGCAAGGGCUGCCAAGGGCCCCCUGCCAGCCCAACACAGGCCUGGAUGACACCUGAGUGAGGUUGCCACAGUCCCAGCCAAGCUCCUUCAAGCUCCAUUUUUAGAUGUGCUACAACCAGCUAGCUUUCAGCGAGUUCCCCUCCCGCCCCUUUGCCCAAUGCUGGUCAGCUGAGCUGCUUGACUGUGAAGCCUUUCUUUCCAGGCCAUGGGGAAAGAACCAAAGGAAGCUGCUUUCUCUCAUGCGUGCAGUAUUUUUGAACAAAGAGGCCUGUAUGCACUGCAACAACAGCGUCUCUAGAUCCUGAGCAUGGGCCCCGCUUGGCGGAGGGUCAGCAGUGUGGUGGAGGGCAUGCAUUGGAAUACAGAUUGCCACCAAGCCUCUGGGGCCAUGCCCAUCAUGUGUCUGGGCCUGGCUCUGACAACCCGACAUUGAGCUGCCAACAGCUUGCAGGCCUGUUUGCUGCAUGGCCAGCAUCCUGUUUGGUGAUUUGAUGAGAGUCUCAGGCUCUCUUUGCAUAUCAGAACGCUGGUCUCUGUGCACCUCGCAUGGGAUGACUGCAUCUGGACAACUGAGAUGUUCCUUGCCAUUGAUCAAAUGCUCAGCAAGCUCAGAAAAUACAGCUGGAAACUCCUUGGAGCCCUCCGCCUGCUGCUCUUCAUUCACAGCUUCUCCCUGCAAAGUGGGGCUUUAUUAUUCUUGGAGAGACGCAGCUAUCUGUUACAAGUGCCAAACCACCGCUGCUGGCUCUGGUUUUCUCCUCAGCCCAAAGUGGCCUGUCCUCCUCCUCCCUGCCCGCUCAUCUCUUCACUUGGCGGACCCUUACUCAUCCUUAACACCAGGGUAUGUGUCCCAGUCAUACUUGGAAGAGAAGGAAGUGGAACCAUAGGGUGGAGGAACGCCUUUGGAACAGUCCAGCAAUUUCCCACUUCUAACAGACCCCGUUCUGGGACACAAGGAGAGCCUGAUGACCCAGCGAGAUGCCAGGUUCUGCCUGGAGACUGGCUGGCUGAAUCCACGUGCAUCUCAGGUAAAGUGUGUCAGAUAAGGGACCACUCUGUCCCUGCUCUGGGAAGCAGGGAAGCAGAGAAGCUUUGCUGUGAUUACCAAACUUAAAAGCUGUACCUCUCCAACCUCUGUGUGUUUCAACAGCAAAAGAAUCUUCAGCCAUCAGCCCUGGCCUCAUGCUUCCACUGAGCUCUGGGUCCCUUUGCACUGCCCUUAUUUGAUGGUGACUGUUUUUAUAUCUGCCCCUCAUGUACCAGAAAGAAAAGCACCCCAGCAGAAGCAAGCCCUUAUUUUUAAAAAGUGACCCCAAUAAAUCUCAUGUAUCAUUCAGUCAUCACAAACCCUGAGGGGUAUUUGUUCAUUCUCAACAGGUUUUGGCUUUAGGUGAUUGGAGAGAGAGGGAAAAGGGGUUUCAUAGACCCCUUUGGAAAUCUGAUAAAAGCUACAGAUACCAGGGUAGAAAAAGGAACACACAUGCUAAAAGUUGUAUAUAAUUUCAGGAAGUUCACACUUUCCUUGAACCUCAGAUUAAGAAACCCUACUCCAAUUGCUGCCAAAAGUAGGGAGGUGCCUAGAUCUCUGUCACCCAUCCUUGGACCAGAAGGACAUUUGUAUAGAAUUAGAAAGUCCCUGAUUCGCUGCACGCAACCCUCUUCACUCGGACAAGGUGAAUGACCUCUUUGAUGCUUGUCUCUUUGCUGUUUAUGGAAACAGUGCUUUUACCUGGUAACAGAGCAUGGUGUGUGUGUGUGUGUGUGUGUGUGUGUGUGUGUGUGUGUGUGUAGAGAAAGGCAUCAAGAUAAAAAAUCGCCCCCUCACUCAUCAGACAACAAUGGACUCUGAUAGAAAUUGGUUUUUCUUUUGAUUUAGAGCUUUAAAAAUCAAAAUAUAAACUACAUUUUCAUAGACUGCUUCUUAAAAGCUCUCCAAAUGGUUUUAUGCUACUAUUCAACAUUAUCCACAGCCACAUGCACUGUCAAAUACCUACUAUUGGGUAAUGCUUUUUUCUUGAAGGUUAGUUCCCAAGUGAGCUGUAGAAAACUGUUCAUGAAAUACCUGAGGGCAUUGAGAUUUCUGGUCUAGAGGAGAGGAUUGCCUAGUGAUUUUUAACUGCCCCUAUACCACUUCUUAGAGGAAUAGGGAUUCAGCAACUCAUUUGUUGGCUAUAGAUUCAGAACCCAUAAAGGUAAGGUGCCAUGAUUUUAUCGUUUGUGACCAGCCUCCCAAAUUCAUAUAUUGAAAUCCUAACUCCCAAGAUGAUGGUAUUAGGAGAUAUUGCAUUUGGGAGGUGAUUAGAUCAUGAGGGUGGAAUCCUUAUGAAUGAGAUUAAUGCCCUUAUAAAAAAGGCCCCAGAGAGAUCCCUGGUCCCUUCUGCCACGUGAGGACUCUACGAGAAAAUGGCCUUCUAUGAACCAGGAAACAGGUCCUCACCAGACACCGAAUUUGCCAGUGUCUUGAUCUCAGACUUCCCAGCCUCCAGA